AUGAAAGCUUCGAAUCAAAAAGUAAUAUUAAUCGGUUUAGGUGGUUGCUCGUCGUCUGGUAAGAGUACAAUCGCUAAGAUUGCAAACUCAUUGAUAACUAAUUCAGUGUUAAUACACCAGGACGAUUUUUUCAAACACGAUAAUGAAAUCCCAAUUAAUUCUAAAUAUAAUAUACAAGACUGGGACACUCCAGACGCAAUAGAUUUUGAUCUUUUCAAACAAGAAUUAAUUUCUAUAAAGAAAGAUGGUAAAAUCAAAACCGAACUAAUUCAUAACGAUAACGUCGAGGAUCCCUUCAAAAAGUUUUCAUUACCAUAUGGUUUCAUAAAUUCAAUUAGUUCAAAGUUUAAUAAAAUCAUUGAAGCACAACAAACUACUUCCAAAUGUGAAUUAAAAAUUGUUAUAGUCGAAGGUUUUAUGCUAUAUAAUGAUCCGAAUAUAGCAAAACUAUUCGAUAUCAGUCUUUUAGUCAGAAGUUCCUAUAAUACUUUAAAGGAACGUAGAGCCGGAAGACCUGGUUAUCAAACACUGGAUUCAUAUUGGGUUGACCCACCUUAUUAUUUCGAUGAAUUUGUUUAUAAAAGUUAUGCCGAUACACACAGUUAUCUCUUUAUUAAUUCUGAUGUUGAAAGUGGUAUGUUAAAACCUGAAUUUAAAGAUACUAUUUUCUUAUUUGACAAUAAUAACGAUACUAAAAUAGAAGAUGCUGUUUCAUGGAUAUUUGAUGCAGUUGCAAAAUCGUUAAACUAA